AUGACCAGAGUUUUUCCGUCCUGUUGGUUUCCAUCACAGGUGCGUACUCUGGCCAGGACGGAUGAGGCUCGAGGCCUUCUGUGGCUGAUGGAGGAGGAGGCAGUCCAGCCUGGAGGUUCAGAAGAAACCAUGCUGGAGAGACUCUUCAGCUACUACGGCUCUGCACAGGGAGAAAACAAAGGAGCCAGUCUGCUGCUGCGAGGAGAGAAGCCCCACCUCUUCCUGCUGGGCCACAGCCACGGGACAGACUGGGUGGAGUACAACGCUCAGGGCUGGCUGAGCCACGCCAAGCACAACCCUGCUGCCCAGAAUGCUGCCACACUGCUGCAGGAUUCCCAGAAGAAGAACAUCAGUGGGCUGUUUAUGGGCCGGGCCAGUGGGGCCACAGUAUUGUCGGGAUCCAUUGCUGGUCUGGAGGGCAGCUCCCAGCUCGCCCUGCGACGAGCCACCAGCAUGAGGAAGACCUUCACCACAGGCGUGGCUGCCGUCAAGAAGAAGAGCCUGUGUAUCCAGGUCAAACUGCAAGUGGUAAGUGGAGGAGACGGUGCAAACUGGGCCUUUGUCAUCACUGAAGCUGGUGUGAAAGCUAUCAAUCAAUCUCUGAUGCAGGCUAAACAACCAGUCCCAGACAGCCUGAAGAGGAAUUUCUCUGUCCCCUUCCAAGUGGACUCAUUUGUGGCCUGA